ACCCUUAAAUCAACAAUGAUAAAUUACAAAUCUGCCUUACUGAAUGAAUCCAUGACAGAGAAUGUCGAAGAAGUUAUACACAAUUUUGACGAGAUUGUCGAAGCGAUCGAGACGGCGAUUGAACUGUUGAAGAGUUUUUCCAAAAGCUAUGCGUUUGUGAAGAAAAAUCUAGACAAAGUUCGUUUUCCAGAUGUACCCCAUUGGGGCGAAUGGGGAGCUUGGAGCAAAUGCCCUGGUGUGACGGAACGAUGUGGUGUGAGGUUUCGUGAAAAGCUGUGCAUAGAUGAGAGUGGAGCAUGGCAAUUGGGAAAAUGUAUCGGCGAACGACCGACUGAACAAGGAAACUGCAAUUGUAAAUCGCCGACAGAACACACCGGUGGGCGAUCCGCCGGUUUUCAAACCUAUAAAGUGCGAGAUGUGAAGCCAUACUCGUACAUAGUAUCGAUUUCGAAAAACGUUUCUUAUUCUGGAGAAGCUACCGGACAUUUCUGUGGUGGUAUAAUAACUUCCGACACACGGGUCAUGACUGCUGCACAUUGUGCCUGUAUUAAUGGUUAUUGUUGUUCAGAGAAUAAGUUCCUAACUUCAAAAUGUGAUUUGAAAAAUUGGAAAAUAAGCGCUGGAUUAUUGAAACCACAUGCAAAGAAGAUUGAUGAAAACGGUCAAGUAAUGGAAGUUGUCAGUGUUGUGAUCCAUGAGAAUUAUACAAAAAAUGCAGAAGGCCUACCAGAAGAAAAUGACAUCGCAAUGAUCAAAGUCAAAGCGACAUUUAACUUCACAAAACCUAAUGUUCAACCAUGCGAUCUCCCGACAAGUAUUUGUAGGGGUUCUAAUGACGAGAAAUGUGAACGACAUUCAGCUUGGCAGCAAUGGGACUGCGAAAUAGCAGGCUGGGGUCAAUACAAAGCUUACAACAUAUUUCCCGACCACAGCCAGAUUGAGCCCGUUUUACGACGUUUUCGUAGGACUGGCAAGAACGGAGCAACCAAUAGACCAACAUUGAUGGCACUUGUCAUACUGGUAGGACAUGAUGAGCAGAUGAUUACCUGUAAAUAUCAAGAUGAUUGA